AUGCCCUUCGCGCAACUCGUCCUCGGUAGCCCCGGCUCUGGCAAGAGCACCUACUGCGAUGGCAUGCACCAGUUCCUGGGCGCCAUCGGGCGAGCCUGCUCCGUCGUGAACCUUGACCCGGCCAACGACCACACCAACUACCCGGCCGCUCUCGACAUACGCAAUCUAGUCAGGCUCGAGGAUAUCAUGCGCGAUGACAAGCUAGGUCCAAACGGCGGCAUCCUGUAUGCACUCGAGGAGCUGGAACAUAACUUUGAGUGGUUGGAGGAGGGACUGAAGGAGUUUGGAGAAGACUAUGUCAUCUUCGACUGCCCAGGACAGGUCGAGCUCUACACCCACCACAACUCUCUAAGGAACAUAUUCUACAAGCUCCAGAAGCUUGGCUUUAGAUUUGUCUCAGUUCACCUCUCCGAUUCCAUCUGCCUGACACAGCCGUCCCUCUAUGUCUCCAACGUUCUCCUCUCCCUCCGAGCCAUGAUCCAGAUGGACAUGCCGCACGUCAACAUCCUUUCGAAGAUUGACAAAAUCUCCGCGUACGACGAUCUACCUUUCAACCUCGAAUACUAUACCGAUGUCGACGACCUGACGUACCUAACGCCCCAUCUCGAGACUGAGUCACCAGCCCUGCGCAACGAAAAGUUUGGCAAGCUCAAUGAGGCGAUUGCGAGCUUGAUUGAAAGUUAUGGCCUCGUUCGGUACGAGGUCCUAGCGGUCGAAAAUAAAAAGAGCAUGAUGCACAUCCUCCGUGUCAUUGAUCGUGCUGGUGGAUAUGUCUUUGGCGGAGCCGAAGGUGCCAAUGACACAGUAUGGGCUGUUGCCAUGAGAGGAGAGGCAUCCAUAAUGGAGGUGCAAGAUAUCCAGGAGCGCUGGAUCGACCAGAAGGAGGAGUACGAUAAGAUGGAGCUCGAGGCAGAGGAGGAAGCGGCACGCAUCCAGCAGGAGCAGGCCAUGGAGAUUGAGCAGUCUCUGCCAGCUGCCCCUGAGCCCGCGGGCAUGGACCCGGACUUUGGUGACAUGUCGGUCCCGGCAGAUAGUGGAAUCAAGGUAGUUAGAAAGAAAUGA